UGGUCGGCGCUCGCUGCGUGGGAAGGAGAGGCGACGACGACGCCACCGGAGGCGGGAGGGGAUGGAGCGCGGCCGGGCCCGGAGUUCCUGAGGCGGCUUGGCCGAGGCGGGCGGAGUCCGGGAGGCGCCAUGGCUGCUAAUAUGUACCGGGUGGGCGAUUAUGUCUACUUUGAGAAUUCCUCUAGUAACCCCUACCUUGUCCGCCGUAUUGAAGAGCUAAAUAAGACAGCCAAUGGCAAUGUGGAGGCCAAAGUGGUCUGCCUGUUUCGACGGCGUGAUAUCUCCAGUAGCCUCAACAGCCUGGCUGAUAGUAAUGCUCGAGAAUUUGAAGAGGAGUCUAAACAGCCCACAGUGUCAGAGCAGCAACGUCACCAGCUGAAGCACCGUGAGCUCUUCUUAUCACGCCAGUUUGAAUCUCUGCCUGCGACCCAUAUACGGGGAAAAUGCAGUGUGACGCUGCUCAAUGAGACAGACAUCCUCAGCCAGUACCUGGAUAAAGAGGAUUGUUUUUUCUACUCGUUGGUCUUUGACCCAGUUCAGAAGACACUCUUGGCUGACCAGGGCGAGAUCAGGGUAGGCUGCAAAUACCAGGCAGAGAUCCCUGAUCGACUGGCAGAAGGAGAAUCUGACAAUCGAAACCAGCAGAAGAUGGAGAUGAAGGUGUGGGACCCGGACAACCCCCUCACUGACCGACAGAUUGACCAAUUCCUUGUAGUAGCUCGGGCGGUUGGCACCUUUGCAAGGGCCCUUGACUGCAGCAGCUCCAUCCGACAGCCCAGCCUUCACAUGAGCGCAGCCGCUGCCUCCCGGGACAUCACUCUGUUCCACGCCAUGGAUACGCUGCAGCGGAAUGGCUAUGACCUGGCCAAGGCCAUGUCCACACUAGUGCCCCAGGGAGGGCCAGUACUGUGCAGGGAUGAGAUGGAGGAAUGGUCGGCUUCCGAAGCCAUGCUCUUUGAGGAGGCCUUGGAGAAAUAUGGCAAAGACUUCAACGACAUCCGGCAGGACUUUCUCCCAUGGAAAUCACUGGCCAGCAUUGUGCAGUUCUACUAUAUGUGGAAAACUACAGACCGAUACAUCCAACAGAAAAGAUUGAAAGCAGCUGAAGCUGACAGCAAGUUGAAACAAGUAUACAUCCCCACUUAUACUAAACCCAAUCCGAACCAAAUUGUCUCUGUGGGUUCCAAACCUGGCAUGAAUGGAGCUGGCUUCCAGAAGGGAUUGACAUGUGAGAGCUGCCACACUACGCAGUCAGCACAGUGGUAUGCCUGGGGCCCACCCAACAUGCAGUGCCGCCUCUGUGCUUCGUGUUGGAUCUACUGGAAAAAAUAUGGAGGGCUGAAGACUCCAACACAACUCGAGGGAGCAGCACGUAGCGUCACGGAGCCACACUCCAGAGGCCAUAUGUCUCGACCAGAAGCCCAAAGCCUCUCGCCAUACACAACCAGUGCCAAUAGGGCGAAACUUCUGGCAAAAAACCGGCAGACCUUCCUGCUGCAGACCACCAAGCUGACUCGCAUUGCACGUCGAAUGUGCCGGGAUAUUCUGCAGCCCCGCCGAGCCGCCCGGCGUCCUUACGCGCCCAUCAAUGCCAACGCCAUCAAGGCAGAGUGCUCUAUCCGGCUUCCCAAGGCUUCAAAGACCCCUCUCAAGAUUCACCCUCUGGUUCGGCUUCCCCUGGCUGCCAUUGUCAAGGAACUAGCUGCUCAGGCCCCUCUGAAACCAAAAACCCCACGAGGCACGAAAACACCCAUCAACAGAAACCAGUUGACCCAAAACCGAGGCUUGGCGGGCAUCGUGGGCAAGCGAGCCUAUGAGAGUGUGGCAGGGGGCGGGCUCCCCUUCUCAGCCAACGGCCGGCCCAUGACUUCCGGGAUGAGGUCGAGCACUCAGCCUGCCAUGAAACGUCAGAAGCUGAACCCUGCCGACGCCCCCAACCCUGUCGUUUUUGUGGCUACCAAGGACACCAGGGCUCUCCGCAAGGCUCUGAGCCACAUGGAGAUGCGCCGCGCGGCCCGUCGGCCCAAUCUGCCGCUGAAGGUGAAAUCGGUGCUGCCCCUGCGCCCAGUGGUGGCCCCCCUGGUGCCCGUGCCUCCAGUCCACCCUGCCAGCACCAGCGAGCCCAUCAUCCUGGAAGACUGAGUGUUGUUGCUUCUCUGGCCUCCCCUCUAGGGCCCUUGUAGCCAUCUCACUAAACGCCCCUUUUCCGUGCCCAAGGCCUUUUUCUUGGCAGAGGGAACUUCCAAGCUCCGAGUUGCCAAGUGUUUGCUGGGAUCAGGCCAUGCAGGCAGGAACAUCCGUUCUCUCUCCCCAUUCCUUCCCCCUGGAUCCUAGAGAUCCAACAUUUCUUUUCUUAUAUAUUAUAUAUUUUAACAUUGUUUUUCCCUCUCCUUCCCCAUCCCCACAGACUUGCGCACAAAGCUGCCAUCCUUUCCAGGAAAUAUUAUAAAUGCAGAUUGUGCCCUCAUUUGCGGGAGAGGAUACUGUAGGUGUGGCACAGAAUCCCUUCCAAAGUUUCUCCUUUUGAAGCUGCCUCUACAGCUGAUUUUAUUUUUUAAUGUGUGUGUGUGUCUUUCUUUCCUUUUUUGUUUGUCCUUUUUUAAAAAUAGUCUCUCCAGUCCUACAUAAGAAAUUUGGGGGAAGGGGGUCGACUCCGUAUCUCUGAUAACAUGGCUACCCCAUUGACCCGACCUUUGAUGAGUCAGUCCAUUUUUGUACAUGGUUUAGAGAGGAAAAGUCAGGUUUUUUAAGUCAGUCUCUGGUUCUUAUAGCAACAAAAAUAAAUGCCGUUUUCUUCA